GAUCAUGACCUGAGCAGAAGGCAGACACUUAAGGACUGAGUCACCCAGGUGCCCCACUCAGUUUUCCAUUUAUACUCAGAUUUGCCUCCCACCUACCUAUCUGUCCUCCUGCUCCCAGGCUUCCCCAGCAGCUUGUCCUACCCCUUUAUCUGCUCCCUGGCUAGGCCAGGGAUAUAUACAUGGGCUGCUUCCCCUCUCAGCCAGAGGCUGUGGGGGCCCCAACUCCCUGUCUUUCCCCUUCUCUGCCUGGGCCUGGGAAGCAGGCCAGGGUUAGCUGAGGCUGCCUGGUGAGCAGCUGGGCGGUGCCAGGGGGAGCCUGUGUAGUGCCAGGUGGUGCCUUGGAUUCCAGGCUAAGCCUGUGACCCCGAUAACCUCCUGCUUGUGCACAUACCUGCCCCUCGCACCACCCCCAUUCAGGCUUUGGUAUCGGGGAGGGGGCACAGGGCCAGGCAGACCCACAGGACUUUGGCUCCAUCUCUACAAAAGGGCCCUCUGUGAGUCAGCCUGCUCCCCUCCAGGCUUGCUCCUCCCCCAUCCAGCUCCUGUUUCCGAUGCACGUACAGCCCGUACACACCGUGUCUGGGACACCCCACAGUCAGCCACAUGGCUCCCCUGUGCCCCAGACCCUGGCUCCCUCUGUCGAUCCCAGCCCCUUCUCCGGGCCCUGCCCUGCAACUGCUGCUUGCACUGCUGCUCCUGGUGCCUGCCCAUGCCCAGAGCCUGUCCCGUAUACAGGGGACGCCUGGGUUGGGAGGAGAUUCAUCUGGGGAAGAUGAUCAACUGGACAGGGAAAAGCUACCCAGUGAAGAGGACCCACCCGGAGACGAGGACCCACCGGGAGAGCAGGACCCAUCUGGAAUGAAGACUGAACCAGGAAAAGAGGAUUCUCUGAAGUUAGAGGAUCUGCCUACUGUUGAGGCACCCAGGGACCCCCAAGGCUCCCAGAAUAAUGACUACAGGCACAACAAAGGGGAUGACCACAGUCAUUGGCGCUAUGGAGGCGACCCGCCCUGGCCCCAGGUGUCCCCAGCCUGCGCAGGCCGCUUCCAAUCGCCGGUAGAUAUCCGCCCAGAGCUCGCUGCAUUCUGCCGGGCUCUGCAACCCCCCGAACUCCUGGGCUUUGAGCUCCCGAAACUCCCAGAACUGCGCCUGCGCAACAAUGGCCACACGGUGCAGCUGACUCUGCCGCCGGGGCUGGAGAUGGCCCUGGGUCCCGGGCGGGAGUACCGGGCCCUGCAGUUGCAUCUGCACUGGGGGGCUGCGGGUCGCCCGGGCUCGGAGCACACGGUUGACGGCCACCGUUUCCCAGCCGAGAUCCAUGUGGUUCACCUCAGCACUGCAUUUGCCAAAGUUGAUGAAGCCUUGGGGCGCCCCGGGGGGCUGGCCGUGUUGGCCGCCUUUCUGCAGGAGGGUCCAGAAGAAAACAGUGCCUAUGAGCAGUUGCUGUCACAUUUGGAAGAAAUUACGGAGGAAGACUCAGAGACUUGGGUCCCUGGCCUGGAUGUAUCUGCGCUGCUGCCCUCUGACCUCAGCCGCUACUUCCGCUAUGAGGGGUCUCUAACCACACCCCCCUGCGCCCAGGGGGUCAUCUGGACUGUGUUCAACCAGACAGUGAGGCUGAGUGCGAAGCAGCUCCACACCCUCUCUGGCUCCCUGUGGGGACCCGAUGACUCACGGCUACAACUGAACUUCCGAGCAACGCAGCCUUUGAAUGGGCGAAUAAUCGAGGCCUCCUUCCUCACUGAAACAGAGGGCAGCCCCAGGACUGUUGAGCCAGUCCACCUGAAUUCCUGCCUUGCUGCUGGUGACAUCCUGGCCCUGGUUUUUGGCCUCCUCUUUGCAGUCACAAGCAUCGCCUUCCUUGUGCAAAUGAGAAGGCAGCAAAGACUCCGAAGUGGGACCAAAGGGAAUGUUAGCUACCACCCAGCAGAGGUCACGGAGACUGUUGCCUAGAGGCCUUGGAACUUGGAGAAUGUGCAGAGAAGCCAGCCAGAAGAAUCUGAGGGGGAGCUGGAGACUUUGUCCUGUCCUACCCAUUAUACCACUUUCUUUUUAAGGGCCAAAUGUUUUUUAAAAUAAAUGUUAAUAAAAUAUAUGGAAGGCAGCUCUGUUCCCCAGAUGAGGAGGAUGGUGUAUUUAUUUCCUAUUGCUGCCUUUAAAAAUCACCACAAACUUAAUGGUAAUGCAAAUUUAUCCUCUUAAGUUCUGGAGGUCAGAAA